AGCCGUUUCGGCCGCGACAGGGACAGCUGCGGUGCGCCCGUGAGAGGAGCGCGCUCCCCGCGACUCCGCGCGACUGCAUAUGGACGCCGCGGCCUUCCUGGCUGCCGGCGCGGCGACUGGGACAGAGCCCGCGGCAGGCUCUCUGGCCUACGGUCAAGUCGCUUACGUCCCUCAACAGGAGGGAAAUUCAAAAAUAGUCGACAAGAUAGUCAGGGGACGACUUUUCAAUUUUUUAAUUUGUUGCAUCUUUUGGGCUAGUGAUCACGUGAUCACUUUUUCGUCCACAAUCUUCUGGUCGGGGCAACCGCUGGGUUUUGCCUCCAGCUGGGCGACGCUCAGUGCGGUUGCUGCAGGAGCAGUCGGAGCCAAGGGGGCUCCAGCGGGAGGGCCUCCUCCAGCUGGAGACUCGGCGCCCCGACGGGGGCGGCGCUGAGCUCGGUCGGGACAUGUCCAGGAGGUAGAGACACACAGACACACUUAAGCGCAGACUCCCAC